AUGUUCCGGUCUGCACAGGAUUCGAGAGCUGCUGGCCUCCUGUUGCCGUUCCAUCAAAAUCCAUCCCCUGGACUGUUUGAAGGAGGAAUGCGUAAUAGAAAUGGAAGAAAGAUUAAAGUGCGAACAAUUUAUGUGAGACCGAGAGACCAGGGGAUGGAUGCCACCAGUGCUUCUACCAGUGGUGAGUGUUGAUCUUCAUAAAUGAAAAUAUUACGAAUCUUUUUUCUUCUUUUCUCUUCCAGGCAGUAACAGCUGUGAGGCCAUGCCCAUUGUUAAGCAAGGUAGCUAAAGUAACCGUGUCAUGUCCUCCAUUGUGACACGUCCCCUGCUGAGUAACUUGGCUGAGAACUUUGGGAAGAGCAACUAUUAGAUUGAGUGAGAGAGGGAAAGUGUGAGAAGUGAAUUGUGGUUUGGGAAAAAAUGAAACCAUUAUCUCGUCUGUAAGUAGGAUCUCUUAUUCUUUCCCGUUUCUUUAGCUAUUCCUUAAGAUUUAGACACAUAGGGAACCAGGUCAUGCUUAGAUUUGUUUUUAAAGAUUGUCCUCAGGGGCCCCUUAGAUGCUUUGAGGGAAAUGGCUUGAAGUGCAGGGAUAGAGAGUAUCAAAGAAAUAACUAGAAUCCAUUUCGUGACCUUCUUCCUUUUCUUCCCUAGAUGUUCCGGUCUGCACAGGAUUCGAGAGCUGCUGGCCUCCUGUUGCCGUUCCAUCAAAAUCCAUCCCCUGGACUGUUUGA